UAGACUGACAACGUGAGGGGGUGGGAUUUGUUAUUAAGCUCGUGUGUGGUGUGUAAGACCUUCAGUCCUGUGCGAGUCGCACCAUGGAGAGAGCCACAAUCCCAUUAACUCUCUUGAGUAUCUUAGCUAUCUGUGUCAUUUCUGCCCCAACCAAGAAGUCACGGGAUGUUGACAUCUACAGCUUCCACAUCAAUUCUACGGUAAACAGCCGCUAUGCCGUCACGACCAUCACGAGCCGUGUGGCGAACCGCCUCAAUGAGUCCAAAGAGGUUCAUUUCCAGGUCAAGAUACCAAAAAAUGCUUUCAUCACCAAAUUCAGGAUGACCAUAGAAGGAAAGACAUACGAUGGAGUUGUGAAGAAGAAAGAAGAGGCAGAGCAGCAGUACAGUGCGGCAGUAUCCCGAGGACAAAGUGCCGGGAUCGUCGGCUCGGUAGGACGGACGCUGGAGGAGUUUAAAACCUCGGUGACGGUGGCGGCUCUCAGUAAGGUGACCUUUGAACUCACCUACGAAGAGCUGCUAAAGCGACGGCUUGGCAAAUACAAGUUACAAAUCAAUGCCCAACCGAUGCAGCCUGUGGCAGAUUUCAAGAUUGAUGUGUAUAUUAAUGAGGAUCCAGGUAUUUCCUUCCUGGAGGUAAACGGAGGGCUGAAAUCUCAGGAGCUGUUCAAUGCUGUAAUCAGUACUCUAGCCAGCUCUACCAAAGAGGCAUGGGUGAACUUUUACCCCACUCGCGAGCAGCAGACCAAGUGCUGUGGGAAAAAAGGACUAAAUGGAGACCUGAUCAUUGAGUACGACGUGAAGAGACCGAAUCCAAAUGGACAACUGAGGGCAUCGAGAGGAUAUUUCGUUCACUACUUCGCACCCACAGAUAUUCAGCAAAUCCCAAAAAAUGUGGUUUUUAUUAUUGACCGAAGCGGCUCUAUGCAUGGCAGAAAGAUGGACCAGACUCGUGUGGCGAUGUUGAAGAUUUUGGGAGAUCUUGGUCAGGACGAUUACUUUGGCCUGAUAACCUUUGACUCUACAAUAAGGGUCUGGAAAACUGAACUUCUGCAAGCCACAGAAAGGAACGUUGAUCAAGCGAAGGACUUUGUGAAGAACAUUAGAGAUGGAGGAGCCACGGACAUCAACGCUGCAGUGCUGAAGGGGGUGGAAAUGAUCAGGAACCCCAGAGAGGGUUCUGCCUCCAUCCUCAUCCUGCUCACUGAUGGAGACCCCACAUCAGGUGAAACAAACACAGAAAGAAUUCAGGCCAAUGUUAAAAAGGCCAUUGAUGGUAAAUUUCCACUUUACUGUCUGGGGUUUGGAUUUGACGUGAAGUUUGACUUCUUGGAGAAAAUGGCGCAGGAAAAUGAUGGAGUCGCACGCAGGAUCUACGAGGACUCAGAUGCUGACCUCCAGCUGCAGGGUUUCUAUGAGGAAGUGGCCACGCCGCUCUUAACCGAUGUCCAACUGAAAUACCCCGGAGCUGCAAAUCUCACCCAGACCAGCUUCAGGCAGUAUUAUAACGGCUCAGAGAUCGUGGUGGCUGGACAAAUCACAGACAACAGCCUGGAAACUUUACAAACCGAAGUCAUCGCAAUCUCAAAAAACACAAAUGUCACGUACCAGGACUCCACGUCGGCAAAAGACCUCAUUGAUGUAUUACCACAACAUGAAAACUUCAUCCAGAGACUGUGGGCUCAUCUUACAGUGAAACAGCUCCUGGAGAAAGAAGUGGCCCUCACAGGACACGAGAAAGAGGCAGCCAAGAAAAAAGCUCUAGAUCUUUCUCUGAAAUAUGAAUUUGUGACUCCGCUCACCUCCAUGGUGGUCACUAAGCCACAGGAAGAGGAGACGCAAGUCGCCCACAAACCCAAGGAAGGUGCAGAGACACCCACAACUAAUCACAGACUGAAGCAACAUUCGCCUUCAUUACGUACAUCACAUGGCCCAAUUCUAUUGGGUCGACAAGGAAUCCCAGGUCAAAGACACCCACUUCUACACUCAUUCUCAGGACUACCAGGACAACCAGGACACCCAAUUCGACAAAGAUACCCAAGUAUACGCAUACAGUCAGGACAAGCAUUACCAAAACAAACAGGACAAGCAGAAUAUCCACUUUCACGCAUGUACCCUGAGGAUCCCAUGCCAACAUUCACGAGGCAGCCUAAACCUCCGCGCACUACUACCCCUGCAGUGAGUGUUGUGAGGUUCUUAAUUUCUGCUCAGCCUAAACAGAUCUGCUACGACACGCCUGUAGGACACAAACUCCGACUCUUUCUGGACGGCUCAUCAGAUAUCUCUAUAAAUGGGCAACUCUCAGAAAAAGGCUUUACGCUAGUUGCUAUUCAUUAUAAAACAGCCAAGCUUCUCGUGAGUCCCAAUGAAAGUGUCUUCUCUGAAGGAGAGAACAGUGUGAAGUUCAUGUGGGGGCAGCCAGAGCCCAGCAGUCAUGAGUCAGAGAACAUGACAAUAUUUCAAAGGACCAACGAGUUAGACGUCACCAUGGGAACUGUACGCGUCGUUGUCCUCAUUCAUAAGAACAGUGGAGAUGUUUUUCUGUGGCCCGUUGUUCAUAAACCAGGAAAAGAUUCUAACUUUAGAGGCAUUCUGGGAAAAAACGAUCUUCAGUAUGAAGAGCUCCAAGGAUCAACGUUGAAAAUCAAUGACCAGGAAGUUGAUGCAACGCUGAGCUCUGCCAAAGACUACAGAUUUGCUGCUGCCCCUAGUGUGGAAUGUUGGCUUGUACCAUUCCAGUCUGCCCUGCAGGGGGAGCUCUCUGACUUCACUGUCUCACAGCUGUAGAAAGUCCAUCUGAAAUCUGGGAAUCUUAUUUUCAGCUGAAUGUUGGUUUACUGCUAAAUACAAUGAAUUUAGCCUAAAACAGAUCAUCUGUCAGAGUACAGAAAAUAAUUAUUAUUGUUAGAUAAGAUGAGAGAUAAGAUGCCCAAAAUACUGUUUAAUUUAGAUGGACGAAUCCUGAGUUCUAAACUAAUAAUAAAUGAAAUAACCUUGUAGCUCUUAUACUUGUAUUCUCAGUCAGACUUCAGCAAAAAGUUUUUCUCUCUGAAAAACAAACAUUCUUUAAUAAAAAUAGCAAAUGUA